CGUACUAUAUUAUCUGGACGAAUGGGUAAUCCAAGUAAGCCAGAAGUUAAAUGGUUUAAUAAAUUCUUAAAAGAUUAUGAUUUAAUUCCUAAAUAUUUAUAUAAAUUAAAAGCAGUUUAUAGUAUAGUAGUACAUGAGGCUAAGAAUAUGGCCUACACUUAUACAAUUACUAGAGAAUGUUUACGUCAUUUAUCUGAUAAUCAUACUUCUUCUAUACAAAAUUAUAUGUAG